AUGGCGACCGAAGAAGCUCACCCAGAAGAACAUCCAUCAGACGUGGCCGGACCCACGGAUUGCAAUGCCGAGCCCGGCUCCUCUUCCGUGCCCAGCCAAGCGCAUCCACAACAGCAAUCCGGCUUCUUCUCCGCUCUGCCGUUGGAAAUACGUCAGGACAUAUACCGACAUCUGUGGGCGGCCGCCGGAUUGACCCAGCACGUUUACAAGUCUAGUCCUUCCGUCCUGGCCCCUCUGUCUCAUUGUGCUUGUAUCACGGACCCCAACGCCGAGGAUGUCCGGGAGAUCGAGCUUGCCCGCAUUCUCGAUGCCCCGCCCGCGGACCUGGCGCCGGACGGCCCCAUGACCGAGGAGGCGGCGAUACAACGUGAUGAAAUCAAUGAUUGGCGCCUGCGCAAUGCCUCGCAAUGGUGUAACCAUUGGGAAUGCGAAGAAGCCCCUCCGAUCCUACGUCCCUUGGACGAACGAACCAGUGACCACAAGGACGACUCCAAGUCGAAGAAACAGCCGGUGCUAGUAAAGGAGUUUAGCCCCUUUUUGGCCGUCCUCCUUUCUUGCAAGCGCAUGCACCAGGAGGCUGUCAAUUCCAUCUACGACAACACCACCUUCUCAUUCAUCGGCACCGACGCCCUAACGCGCUUCUUGGAAACAACGACGGCCGAGUCGCUUGCCCGGAUCAAGGCCCUCCACAUGAUCUGGCCUGCAUCAAUAGAGUCUUACAUGGAUCCUGCUGACCCGGAGGCCGAGGCAGCCAGAAUAAAAUGGAAUGAGUUAUGGAUGAGCCUCUCGCUCAAGACUCCUCGUUUGAGAGAGCUGCGUGUAUGGAUGUAUCCCCAAUAUGCACGAUACCCUAUGCCCCAUGAAGAAUGGUUCAAACCACUUCAUCAGUUUAAGCAUGUUCCAAAGUAUGAGAUCUCAUUGAGAUGGUUCAUGGAUCCUUCACAGCCUUUACAGCCAGAAACUGGCCCCCUGGAUUUUCUAGAAGAAGCCCCCUUUGAGUAUGAUCGGGUACCGCCGCUCCUGGAUAAUCCUCUGCAAUCCCACUGGCGUCGGUUGAUUGCGUUGUAUUUGGACGAGCCGCGCUCAAUGCCUGCUCGCCGACAAAAGAAGAAGAAGAGAUAUCUCGGUCGGUCGUGA